UAUUCUGAAGUCAAACAUUGAACACAACGGCUCUUUUAAGAGCCACCCACUGUCUCACUCGAGGAGAUGAAUUUCAGAAGUUAUAUCAAAUCAAACGAAAUACUGAGUAAGUCACGUUUUAUUAUCGCUGUUUUGUUUCUGAGAUCUCGUUCUUUAUUAACUGAUGAGAUUAAUCUGUUGUGUUAAACGCUUCUCUCGCUCGAAGAAGAAACUCCAUCAUAUCAACUAUAUAAACGUAAACACGCCCAAAGCUGCUGAAUAAAUCAUAAAAGGGUGAAAUGAUUUUCUGCUCGAACUCUUUAAGUGACUUUGAUGACACGAUGACGUAAUUCUUUUCUAGUGUAGAGUUAAUACAGAAAUAAAAGUUUUAUUUUAAUUCAAAUUCGAUAAAGAGCGGGAAGUGCAACAAUGGAAACUGAAUCGCUUGUGGGAGGGUCACCUUCAAACACGAGACUGUGGGCGGGAAACACUUUCAUUGGCUCUCUAUCCGACCCGUCAAACUAUGAGCUGACCAAUAAACACAUUUUAUGGGUUCGGCCGACGAAGACACGCAAUCAGACAACAGGCUCCGUUACGCUAAACAUUUGCAUGUGAGAGUGAAUAAAUACCACAGCGACGAGACUCUUCAACAUUCAGCAUUUACUCAUCUGUGAAGAAGCAUCAUGCCUGAACCAGCCAAACCCGCGCCCAAGAAGGGCUCUAAGAAGGCCGUCACCAAGACCGCCGUUAAGGGAGGAAAGAAGCGCAGAAAGUCCAGGAAGGAGAGUUACGCCAUCUACGUGUACAAAGUGCUCAAGCAGGUCCACCCCGACACCGGCAUCUCUUCCAAGGCGAUGGGCAUCAUGAACUCUUUCGUCAACGACAUCUUCGAGCGCAUCGCCGGUGAGUCGUCUCGUCUCGCGCACUACAACAAGCGCUCCACCAUCACGUCGAGAGAGAUCCAGACCGCCGUGCGUCUGCUGCUGCCCGGUGAACUCGCCAAACACGCCGUGUCCGAGGGCACCAAAGCCGUCACCAAGUACACCAGCUCCAAGUGAAUGAUGAUGAUGAUGAUGAUGAUGAUGAUGAAAACUCACGCGCUCUUCCUGCACAGAUGAUCUGAAGAAGAAUGACAGUAGGAGCAGCAAAC